AUGGAAGCGUUAGAUGAAAUACAAUGGAAAUCACCCGAGUUCAUUCAAGAACGAGGAUUAAACACGGCUAAUGUCUUGGAAUACUUUGCUCUAUCACCAUUUUACGAUCGUACAUCAAAUAAUCAAGUAUUGAUGAUGCAGUUUCAAUAUCAACAAAUUCAAAUACCAGUACAUAUAUCAUUCCAUCAAUAUUUCCAAUCGCGAUUGUCUGAAAUGACUGGUAUUGAAUUUGUGAUUGCCUAUAUCAAGGAACCCGAUUUUUGGAUUAUACGAAAACAGAAACGAAUCAACUCACAAGUUACCACUACCUUGCAAGAUUAUUACAUCAUUGGUGCUAACAUAUAUCAAGCACCCAAAGUAUACGACGUGUUAUCAUCAAGAUUACUUGCUACUGUCUUGUCGCUAAAACUGUCAAUAGAUACACUAAACAAUAUGACGAGUUACCACAUUUCUGAUGGUGCUCAUUCAUUCAAUAAUUCAAUCCAUGGCAACACCAAAAAUACCACAAACACUCCUAGUCAAACCAAUUCUGAUCCUACUCCAAUUAGCAACUUGGAAACACCAAUUGCAAUGACGGAUUCCCCGGCAAUUGGUGCACCUGCCACGAUUGCUACAACUCCAACCCAAUCUACGUCUACUAUCCCCAGUGCUGCUGCAUUCGACGCACUCCUAACAGAAGUAGUUAAUGAUACUACAAAUAAAGAUUAUUUAGAAGAUAUUCCGUUAUAUGGAAAGGGAAGUACACUAGAAUUGCUAGGCAUAAAACCAUCAAAUCCUAUAUAG